GUUAGUAUUCCUUCUGAAGGUUAUCCAUGACUCCACUUACAACAGUUUCCAAGUAAACUUUAUACGAAACGGGCUGGGUCGGAGACGCCUAGGACAAUAUAGUCCACAAAUGGGAGGAGUUUGUGCCCGAGGGGCGAAGGGACAGAUACCUUCCGCGCUUUCAUUCAUUUGGAAACAAGUGAAGCUACGAGGGGAGUCGAACGCGUGACAAGAAACAUCCGUACCUGCUCCGUUGCGAAUGGAAAGAGGGACGCACAGGAAUGGCCGUUAAGGAGUGCACGCCUCUGUUUGCUAAACUGAACUUCUGAUCGACUUGGACCGCCGCUCCACAGGCGCGCGAGCAAAGACUCCACCUGUUCGGUUCCAGGCGAGGCGGAUCAAAGAGUGACGAUGCCCGUGCUGGAAAAGGAACCACCAAAAGGCAACGUGCUGCCCAAAGUGCCCAUACCAGAUCUGCAGCAAACCCUUUCCACAUACCUGAGAUGUGUCAAACAUCUGGUCCCUGAGGCCCAGUUCCUGAAGACCAAGGCCAUUGUGGAGAAGUUUGGCAAGCCUGGAGGCACAGGGGAAGUGCUCCAAAAGAAACUCUUGGAAAAGAGAGAGAAGACAGCAAACUGGGUUUAUGACUACUGGCUGGAGGACAUGUACCUGAACAACAGACUUGCACUUGCUGUCAACUCCAGCCCUGCUCUGGUAUUUCAAAAGCAGUCUUUCAGAGACCGUGAAGACUCACUCAGAUUUGCAGCCCAUCUCAUUAUGGGUGUAAUGGAAUACAAAGCCAUGUUGGAUGAGAGGUCCCUCCCUCCAGACUAUGCCCGCGGACAGCAAGCUGGAACUGAGCUCUGCAUGGAGCAGCACUAUCGCCUCUUUACUUCAUACCGGCGUCCCGGACUUAAGCAAGACUCACUGGUCACCCGGAGCAGCACAGGGGCAAACAAAAAGCAUGACCCUGGUCACAUUAUAGUGGCCUGCAAGAAACAGUUCUUUGUCCUGAAUUUGAUGGAGAAAUCCCAGCAGCUGAGCAUGAGAGAUGUGCUGAUCCAGCUGGGAAGGGUCAGUAAAUUGGCUGAGAAUACAGAGGAAAGACUUCCCCCCAUUGGCAUCUUGACCUCAGAUGGCAGGACCGAGUGGGCUCAAGCCAGAGACAUCCUGCUCAAAGAUCCAGUGAACCGUGAGUCUUUGGAAUUGAUUGAGCAGUGUGUUUGCGUGGUGUGUCUGGAUGAGCCCACUGGAGUUGAGCCCACAGACUCCAACAGAGCCUUAUUCAUGCUACACGGAGGCAGCGAGGACAAAAACGGAGCUAACCGCUGGUAUGACAAGUCCAUGCAGUUUGUGGUUGGUGCAGAUGGUGUGUGUGGAGUGGUGUUUGAACACUCAUCAUUUGAGGGGAUAGUUACGGUCCAGUGCGCUGAAUACCUGCUAAAAUACAUGACAGCCAGUCCCAGUAAGCUGAGUAGGAGCUCCAGUGUCAGCGAUCUCCCAGCGCCACAGAGACUGGGCUGGAGAUGCAGCCCUCAGCUGCAGGCCAUGCUGGCCUCCUCUGCAGAACACCUGAACAGGCUGGUGAGAAACCUGGACAUGGAGGUGUUUACAUUCAGAGCUUAUGGCAAAGAGUUCAUCAAGAAGCAGAAGAUGAGUCCUGAUGCAUACAUCCAGGUGGCCCUGCAGGUAGCAUUCUACAGAUGUAAUGGGAGGGCUGUCUCCACCUAUGAGAGUGCCUCCAACCGAUGCUUCAUGGCGGGCCGUGUGGACAAUAUCCGUUCGGCGACCCUGGAGGCACUGUACUUCGUAAAGGCCAUGACAGAUGAGAGAGUCUCUACACAGGAUUCGGAGAAGAUGGAGAGACUGUGGAAAGCUAUAGACGCACAGACUAAUUACACAAAGAUGGCCAUUAUGGGAAUGGGAAUAGACAACCAUUUGCUUGGGCUUCGAGAGAUGGCUAUGGAACUGAAAAUAGAAACCCCAGAAAUGUUCAGUGACAAAACAUACCACCUCAGCAACCAGUUCAUCCUCUCCACUAGUCAGGUGCCUACAACAUUAGACAUGUUCUGCUGUUAUGGCCCAGUGGUUCCCAAUGGCUAUGGAACAUGUUACAACCCUCAGGCUGAGCAUAUCGUCUUCUGCGUAUCCAGUUUCCGUGAGUGUACGGCCACCUCCUCGCUGGUCCUGAUGAGGGCCCUGGAGCAGGCACUCUUAGAUAUGAGUGACUUGUGCCAUAAAUACAACUCUGCUGGUCAAGACCAGGGUGCACAUAAGCCAACCUCAGCCAAGAAGUGAAUUAUAACCAGUGGAACAUGUUAACAGGCUGCUUCCAAAGAGUUUAGGUGCUUCCUUUAGUGUGGUUUGACAUCUGAAAGCUCUGAUGUAAAUGUAUGUUGUUUGUCCUCAUUUUUGCCUCAAGAGUUCUAUAAGAUGGAGUCUAUAUGUCAAUCAGUAACACUGAUCUGAAUUAUGUCCUUUUGCCACUGGGAUAUUAUUUAUCUUUUAAAAUCCAUAUAUACAUUGCCAACCUUCAAAUCAUGCACUACAGAAAUAUAAUGUAUUAAGAUCUCAUUUUAGUCUCAUGUUGUCAGUUUAUAUUUAUAGAGUUACAAGUAGAUUGUCUCAGACUAUAAUAGAUCCUACUCUAGGAGAUUGCAUGUGUGUGAUCUCUGGUCUCUGAUGAUACAUUUAGCUUGUGCAAUGUUUCUUUUUGAAGUGAAAGCCAUGAAGGAAGGGUUGCUUGGUUUGCAUGUCCUGCACCAGAUUAGCAAAUAUAUGGUAUAAUUACUUACACUUGGUCUUUUGUUAACAACAGACCUUUUACUGUUUAAAGAGUAAUGAUAGAAUCAUAAUUAACUAAUGCUAAUAGGUGCUGUAUGAGAGAAAAUGAAGUUGAUAGGGGCCCAUAAAAAUGGCAAUCAAGGUUUUUUUAAUAGCAGGUUGCAUUGUUAUUGUAAAGACAUGGGUACUACCAUGUAGGCAGCAAGUGAGUAAAGGGUACUAGGUAACUUAUGUGCCAUAACCUAUAAGCAAAAUGAGAAACAUUUGGUACAGUUUUAGCAUGCAUGCAUUUCUAAUUGUUUGUUCAAAUUCAUUUAUGUGUGUAUGAAUUUUACUUUAUCAGAAAAUCUGAUGAAAAAUAAAAAAAUGAGAUCUGGUAAAUAUAUUAACACCAUUUCUCCUGCCUCUACCUGUCCCCUAAUCCCACCCCUCCGUCCUAAAAUAUGACAAAGGCGGAAUUGGUGGAUGGGUGGAAUUCAGAGCCUGAGAGAGAACACAAAUCAAGCUUUGCCAAUAUGAUGAAUUACUUGAACUGACAACUACAACAGAUACAAUAAUGAUUUAUGAAUGAAAUGCUGUCAAAAUUGAAAGGCCAUGAUAAGAUGGCAAAAAGGAUAAAGAUUUGCACUUUAAGAAUAAUUUUAGAGGCUAUAAGCAGUACGUAUAUAUAUUUAUGUGUGUUUGUGUUCAAAUACUUUCAGCAUUUCACUGUGAGAAUAAAACUACAGAUAAACUACAGGUUUAUUCUAAUGUAUAGCUAAUCAUGUGGGAGAAUACAAAGUUUGAAUGUUACUCAAUGUGCCAAUAAAAAUAUAGCAAUAAGCGCAAGAAUAAAUCUACACAAUGAAUAUAUGUUCAAUAUGUAUUUCAAAUGUGCUGUGAAUUGAUGAAUUGUAUAUCAGAGUGUAUAAAAACCCAUAUAUAGACUUAUAUAUCAGAUGAGUAAACCUUAAUGUUAAAAAAAUAGGAUUAAAACUGUGCAAUAUGUUCUUUGUUAGCAUAUGCUGUAUUGCACCUUUCAGUGUGAGAUGUGUGGCUAAAAUUAAGCAUGUAGUAAAAACAGUGAUCUCAAGAAUUUUUUAUCUGCUUCUGCAUUAUGUACCAAAUGAUGGUGGAUUUUGCUGCUUUUUACCUUGAACCAAUUUUGCCACCUUGUCUGUUCUUUAAAAGUUUAUCAUGUUAUGAUGUUAUUUUUGAUUAUCCUGCUACUGAAUGUGUUGUGUACAAAUGACAAUAUAGUUUCUAAUGCCACUAAAGUAUAAGAAAUGUUUGAUUGGUUGUUGUCAUGUACCAGUGGUGGUGUAAUAGCUCAUGUCAGUAGGCAGGAAGAAAACAUCUUAUUUUUGUAAAAGCCAGAGUUCUAUCUUUCAUGUAUUUUAAUCAGAGUAUAGAUUAAUUUAUAAAAUUAAGACAUAAUAACAGCUAGAGAGAGAAUAUAUAAAACUAUAUCCUACAAUAAAGCAGUCUAUGAAAACACAUCAAA